ACUAUAAAGGCCUCCGUACCGGCAUGACCCGACGUAGAGUGGUGUGUGUACCCGGUUAGUGAAUAGGUAGUGAAAUAUUCGAUGUGGGAUACAGCCACAAUAAACUAGAGAGAGCGCUCGUAUAGAGGCAUCUGCAAACAGGAGAGGGGAUUGCUGCCAAAAGCGUACCAAUAAUUCGCCGGACCGCCCCUUGGUUAAAUCAGUUUCGUUCCUAGUUCGCGGUGUUCGACAUCAGCCGGAGGAGAGAGAGACAAUAGUGUGUGCGCGUUUUAUUUAUUUACGUACUCGCCUCCGGUUGGUCUUCCGUAAACUUUCGCUUCGCGAGAGCGGGGCGAUGCGCGCGUUUUGAAACAAUUCAUUGAUCUUUUGCACCUAGCGCGUCGCGCGUGGUUUCGCGAUUCGUACGUCGCGCCUCUGAGGCGACACGCGACGUAUGUCGUCGCGCGCGCGAGAGAAAGGGAGAAAGAGAGAAAGGGGAGCUUUACAGUGUCGAGCGAAAAUAAGCGUUAAUAAGCAAGAAAAUGAAGAGGAACGCAGUGCUUUAUCAGUAGCUUCGCGACGCUUUGCCAUUCGGCCAAUCGUUCAGUUGGUGUCAGUUCUUAAUCACGCACGAGCCACCGGGACCUCGUCAGCCGGUUUUCACACAUCAUUCGAACUCUAAGCCGAGGAAUCUCUCUUUUUAUUUUCGUUUCCUAAGUGGAAUUACAAGGGAAGACGCAAACAGUGUAGGAAAAAGAAGAGUGUUCAACACUGCAAGAAAACUAUACAAGAGAUUGGGAAAAAUAAAAAAGAAGAAAAAAAACAAGAACAAAGAAAAGAAGGAACAAAGAAUAGAACAAAGUGCUUCUAUUGUUAGUAUCUGAAAAACCGAAGAAAUUUUCCAUUUUUAAAUAUUAUAUACUAACGCAUCUACUGCACCAUAAGGAAACUCGGUGCAUUACAAUGUAGUAUGUGUGUGUGACUGUACCAUAGGAUACUAUUACAUAUUACCAGACGCUGAAGAACAAAAGGUAAAUAUUUCGGCAUGCGUGAACAAGGAAUAUAUCUUCAACAUUUCCGAGGAAGAAUCAGAUAUCAAGAGAGAAGGAGAAAACAAGGAGAUACUUUCUAUGAUUUCGCACGUGCAUCAAAAUUCCUCAAGCAUAGACUAAAACAAAACUUUAAUAAUAGAUAGAAAUAACGAAGAGAAUCUAAACAUACUCGUAGCAAUCAUCCGUGGCAGAAGCACAGAUACUUAUAUCUGUGAAAGGUAUUUUCCACAUUUCUCCCAACAAAUAAUUGCUAGAAAACAAAAGAAGAAGAGGGGCUAUGCUUGAAUUUAAGCAUUGCAAAAGAGUAUGAACGUGCAUAUGUGAAUUAUUCAUAACAACUAACACUCAUACAACACAAAAUACUCCCAUAAUAAUAUCAAUGUAAUAUUCUGUCAUAUGCGCAUGAUGUUAAUUUUGUUAUUACAUGUUAUUAACAAUUUAUAAAUAUAUACUGAUGCAUAGACAGAUAUAAUAUAGAAACAUGUGUACAAGCUUUUGAGAUCAAUUAAAUUGCCAGUACAAGAGGAAAGAAAUCCAGAAGUUUCAAAAUAUUACACCGGAAAAUAUAUAUAAAACGGUAACGGAUGGUUCUUCCUUCAAUCAGGCCUGAAUCGUGGCGAAGGUGUUUGAAGGUGGAGUGCCAAGGAGUGAACACGAUAGCACCGCGGGUCGUGAGUCCUAAGGGGACGGACGCCAUGGCGGCCUCUUCGUCCUCAUCGAGCGGCGGCGAGCAGCAGUACUCGCUUAGGUGGAACGACUUCCACUUGAGCAUUCUCAACUCAUUCCGGAGUCUGAGAGACCACCAAGACUUUGUCGACGUCACCCUUGCCUGCGACAGCUGCACCUUCACCGCGCACAAAGUCGUUCUUUCGGCAUGUAGUCCAUACUUCCGCGAUUUGCUCAAGGCGAAUCCAUGUCAGCAUCCGAUUGUAAUCCUGAGGGACGUAGCGUCGUCAGAUAUGGAGUCCUUGCUACGCUUCAUGUAUAACGGAGAAGUGCACGUGGGUCAGGAGCAGCUGCCUGCCUUCUUGAAGACAGCGCAGAUGCUUCAGGUACGAGGAUUGGCAGACGUUAACAGUGGCGUUUCCAAUACGAAAAUUCCAGCGUCGUCGUCGUCGGCCGGCAACAACGGUAGCGCGCCUGCAACACCACGCAAUCCUUGGCAGGAUAACGGCAGAGGGGAUCUUAAUGAAAGUGACAUGAGCCCCCCAGAAAAGCGAGCGAGAAGUUGCAGCCCGCCGUUAGACAACCAUGUUGUGGAACAAAAAUCGGAUCUACAAGAAUCUUUGCUAGGUCAGGCUCUAGAAGGUGGGCCUACGAUACAUACGAUACCUACAAAUAAUGUACAGUCAACUGGGGAGGAUUCGAAUUCUAUGUCGGAAAAUGAGGAGGACAUAUCGAAUAAUGGCAGUAUCCUGAACACAGUGAAGACUGAACCGAGUGAUAUUCUAAACGACUCUAUAGAACAUCAUCGCAACAGUUUUCCUGCGGCAUUGUUGGGCCUUCAAGGGAUGGGCUUGCCAGGACCGUCAGGUAUUCAUCAGGUGGCAAAUCAGGAUCCUAAUUAUGUUAGUCGACGAGGUGUGGACUUGAUACGAGUACGUGCUACGGAUCCACGACCUUGCCCAAAAUGCGGAAAAAUGUAUCGCUCGGCACAUACCUUACGCACUCACUUGGAAGACAAACACACAGUUUGUCCGGGUUAUCGGUGCGUCCUAUGCGGUACAGUAGCGAAAUCUCGGAAUUCUCUACACUCACACAUGUCGAGACAGCAUCGUGGCAUCAGCACAAAGGAUCUUCCAGUCUUGCAGAUGCCUAGUCAGUUUGAUCCCGAAUUGGCAUCCCGGUUGUUGGCAAAGGCUGGGGUCAAGGUGAGUCCAGCUGAACUUCGUGCUCGAGCCAGCCCGACGGCGCCACGAAGAAGUGACGUAAGAUUAGAACUACCUCGCGGAGGCGCUCCGUCUGAGGCUGGCAGCAGCAUUUGCGGCGGCGAUGAUCCAGAAGAUCUCACUUUACCUCUCGCCUUUAAAUCUCUCAACAGUCCAUCUAUGAAACUAUCUAACUCUAUCGCCAGCGUAAUCACCAGGGUAAGCGGCAGCAGUAAUGGUAGCACCAAUGUCAAGAGUUCGACAACGACGGCAGCGAUCGCCGCCAAAUCUCUCGAUACGAUGCAUGAUAGUCGCGAGCCCAACAUGGCGCCAUUGCAUUCAUCCGGUCCUCAUCCGAGUCAUAAUACUAGCGCAAUUUCUGGCUCGGCGCUUCUAAAUACUUAUCUGCAACUUAUUGUAGAAAACUCGGAUCUUGGACCGGCAAUAGGCAAUAUAAAUACGGAUCACGCCAUACGUAUGACUCGAAUGGCCCGAGAGUUUGGUUCCAAGGCGCAGAUGGGCGUCGUAGAGGAACACGGCGCUCGUAGCCUGGAAGAUCCCUAUCCUUUAAUCGGUAAAGAAGAAGAACGAGUAUCUGGUAUUCACGAGGAUAGGGAUGAGAUGAUGCAUGAUAGACAUGCCGGGCUCGCGGACGAAGGAGUAAUAUCGGGGGUAGAAGAUGAGGAUGAGGAUGAGGAGUACAGCGAUAACGAGGAACCGGAAGUAAUCAAAUCUGAAUAGGUUCUCGUUAUUCGUUGCAACUAUAGUAACUCAGGGCAAUGUUGGGGAUGUCGGUCAACAUGAUUGUACAGCAGCAACAGCGUCAACUGUCUGAUCCAAUGCAAUCUCGUUGAGAAGGGAAGUAGAAAGCGAGAUAGAAGGUCAGCCAUCGAAUUCGAUCGAUGUUUUUGUUUGUUAUUAUCGCGCGGAGAAUCGCAAAAAUAUUAUACUUCGGAUGUUACCUCGUUAUGUUAUCGGAUGUGAUUGCAGAGUGAUUGAAAAAGAAAACAUCUCGAUCAUUUUAACGUCAAUUUUAUAGACGACGCGCGAACGAACUUGCUAAUCGUAUCCAAUUAGAAUCGCAAAGGCAAGUACACGCAUAUGUAUAUGCAUAUGCACAUGUAUGCGCGAACACACACACAUAUAUCCACAAAUAUUCCAACUAUCUACCUCAACGCAUAUGAUAGAACGAUAGAUGAUAGAGCAGGCAAAGACGAAUCUCAGUAGAAAAAGAGGAUAUGAAGUAGGAUCCAUAUUUAACGACGAUUUAAUUGGAAACAAGUUGCCAAUGAUGAUGUUGUGCUUGCAAGUUUAAAUAUCGAAAUUGAUGAUUGAGCAAAAACUCAUACAGUCCGCAAUAUUAACAUAAAUAAUUUUAUUAUUACAUU